AUGUCACGUCGUGGGAUCCUCAGGACUGUCGCUGCCCGGGAACUGCAAGAGGCACCACUGACCACGUUGCAGCCGCAGGAGAAGAGGGAUGGUUCAUCAGUGGAGGAACUGCAGACCAGAGUGGACCAACUUGCCGAACAGCUGACAGCCUUGAAGACGGAAUCGCGGAGGCACGCUCCAACCAGCCGGUGCUACAUGUGUGGCAAGCCUGGCCACUGGAAGAAUCAGUGUCCCCGUACCCGAUCACUUGUGCACGAUAAAACUUUAGAGUACUCCUCUUUUCCUGGGUGGGUCGCGAUUAGCGCACUGACACAGGCUACCAUAGAAGCUCACCGACUACCUGCACUAUCCAAAGCUCUAAACUUUGAAUCAAGAAGUUUUGAGAUAUCGCCUGUGCCUCCAAGCUGGAUGGACAAAACUAUAGAUUGGAUGGUUUCGCGUUCAUCGCAACUAGAACGUGCAUUUCUUCCAGUUCGCCCCCAACCAAAUACUGACAUCUACACUUCUGAAGUAGACGGAACUUCUGCGCUGAGGAAAGCUACCAAUUCUCUCUCAAAGGAAGUGUCUAAAAGCUUUAGCGUUUCAAGCCUCACUGGCUCAUCAAAUACAGACAUCCCACAUAGUGAAUAUACAGGUUUUAUAGCGAAUCCCGAAAAAUGUUGGCAUCCCUCCGCCAAUCACUGUUCAAACCAAAUUUUAGCGGAUCCCUUUUGUACUGGCUCUUCUUGGUGGUUGAUGCAGCUGUUUUCGCGCUACGCUCCUGCGAGACAAACCACGCUUAUUCCGCAGACGCUGCUAAAUCACCCUGUAUUCCACCCGCAAAAUUCCUGCAACAAAACAAGCGACAUAAAUACAAGUUGGGACUGCAAUCAACCAAAUUACACCUUCCAUCCUACGGUGACCAAUUUUCCAACACCUCCAUACACAUCAGCAUCCGGGAGCCAUCGCUGGAACGCGAUGCCUAAAAAUCAUGCAGAUAUCGGAUCAAUCCCCGAACAAGCGCCGCUUGUUGGGUCCGGAAGUACGGAGUUCUCUCAGAAGGAAGCAAAGCUUAUGUACCCACCCGAAUUUAGUGACUUAAAGAAAGUCCAUCCACAUGGUUUGUACUGCUCCGUGUGUGGAGACGCUGGUACAGGGCUCUGCUCCAUCGAUAAAGCACACCGCAAUCAAUGUCAAGCAUGCCGCCUCAAAAAGUGUCUCCGAAUGGGUAUGAACAAAAACGCGGUCCAGAAUGAGAGACAGCCAAGAAACAGCGCUCAAAUGAGAGUCCACGACCUGUCGACUUCAUCUACUCAAGAGACGAGCAUCACGGGCAACGGUCUCGCAUAUUCGGAUCGCCUUACAUUGAAUUCAGAAUCAGCAACUGCGAGCGCACAGUUCAUGUCUCAUCUUGAUGGUCAUAUCACCGUAUCUGCUGACACAGCUAACGGACAACACUAUCAGUCAACUGACAUGUCAUUAAGGACGGCAACCAAAACACCACAAAAACAACCUCAAUCUCCCUAUCGUCUAUCACAAACACCGACUCAGUUCCGAUCAGUUAGGCAAGAUUAUGAACUGACAAGGAGGCAACGUAUUGGACUUAACUACAGCAGACGGUCAUCGCUUGACCACCAUCAACGGGAGAAGUACGGAUCAUCAAGGUCCUCAACCGACUAUUCAUCCGAAUCGAAUUCACAUUGUUUACAAGAACCACGCUGCCCUGACAUCGGAGCAACAGAUGCACCACUGUCCUCUCUAACAACCUCGGAUAAUUCGGGGCUGCUCAUGUUCAGAUCGCUCUUCAAUACGGCCUGGUCGGAAAUGCCUGUUAAAAGUGCCGGAUGUGCAUUUGACUUCCCAAACACCCAGUUGGGCUAUGAGUCGUUGCAAUACCUUAGGAACAGUCUUCUAAUCCAAAUGACACAGUUUAGUCAUCUGGAGUGGUGGAACAAUCUGUUCAGCGCUGUAUUGAUCAAAUGUUUUUCUAAAUUUGGCUCGGUUGGACUGGUAGAUAUGGCGAAAGUUCCCACUUGGAGCUCACUUCGGAAAAGUUAA